AUGGACUUUCUUAACCGCUAUAAGUAUAACUGUGGGCAUGCCACAAAAAUCAACUUACACCUGUUCGGAAACAACGCAAAGGAUAUGGCCCCUGCAUCCACCGAGUCUAAGACUCCCAACACGAACGAGCCUUCGUCCCCCACAACGAUCGAUCCACUGCUUUUGGCGGCCCAACCACCCAGUGUUUUCAUCUUUAACGCUGGUCGGACCCCUGCGAGGCAGAUCAACGAUGGUCCAUGGCAGGACGAAACCCUUUUGCAGUCCUUCAUCAAUGGGUUGCAGAGCAUUCAGGAGAGAGGAUACAGGAUCCAAGGCGCCAUGUACUCGCCUGAAGGGGUGAAGAUCUUCAUCAAUACUGACGAUCAGAAUUGGGAUGACGAAGUCUUCAUUCGUUGA